CAAAUAUUUCCCAUAACCUUCUUCCAUUCUCCUCCACACAUUUUUGCACAGAAAAGUCUGUAGAGUCCCUUGUCAAGAAACUGAAAAACCCUUUUCCGCCCUCCACACGCACACACUCACACACACCUGUGAUUGUGCGAGGGCCAAGAAAAUCUGACGAGCUUUUGGUUUUCGCUAUUGUUUUCACAAGACUGAUCGAUCCCUUUGAACCGAAAAUAUAUUUUUCUAAAAAAAACCCAAUUUGCGAAACGUACACACGCACAAGGGUUUUGAAGAAGACGACGGAAAAAACUUGUUCUUGGCGAAGUCUGUGUGUAUGCGACCGAGUGUAGAAAUGGCUGAUGUGAUCAGACUAUGCUCCAAUUAUCAAAAGUUAUCUUCUUCGUUGUUUUCUUUAUCUUCGUCUCUGAGCUCAUGUCAGCGGCCCCCACCUCUCAAUCAGCGAGGAGGGUCGGUUUCCCUCUCGGAGGUUUCUUCUAUCGGUUGGGGUUUUGUCUCGCCAAUCGCCUUCCCACGCCGCAAUCAAUUUGGUUCUCCCAAGAUAACGAUUGCCCUGCAAGUUUACUCAAGAUUGCCUGCAUAUGCAGUAGAGAAGGGGAGUUCUUUAACAAGCUUCCAAAUUUUGAUAAAUUAUGAUGGAUUCAGCUCUGUUUUGAAAUCGCUUGCAAGAUUGCGUUUGCAAUUCAGUCAUUUGCAAGAUUUAAUCAGCAAAUCUGGUGAAGCCUAA